AUGGAGGUGGAUGAGAGGCCCACAGAGCAAUACAGUGACAUUGGAGGCCUGGACAAGCAGAUUCAGGAGCUGGUGGAGGCCAUUGUCUUGCCGAUGAACCACAAAGAGAAGUUCGAGAACUUGGGGAUCCAGCCUCCAAAGGGGGUGCUGAUGUAUGGGCCCCCAGGCACGGGGAAGACCCUGCUGGCCCGAGCCUGUGCCGCGCAGACCAAGGCUACCUUUCUGAAGCUGGCUGGCCCUCAGCUGGUGCAGAUGUUCAUUGGGGAUGGUGCCAAGCUGGUCCGGGAUGCCUUUGCUCUGGCCAAGGAGAAAGCUCCGUCUAUCAUCUUCAUUGAUGAGCUGGAUGCCAUCGGCACCAAGCGCUUUGACAGUGAGAAGGCUGGGGACCGGGAGGUACAGAGGACGAUGCUGGAGCUUCUGAACCAGUUGGAUGGGUUCCAGCCCAACACCCAAGUAAAGGUAAUUGCAGCCACUAACAGGGUGGACAUCCUGGACCCUGCCCUGCUCCGCUCAGGCCGCCUGGACCGCAAGAUCGAGUUCCCGAUGCCCAAUGAGGAGGCCCGGGCCAGAAUCAUGCAGAUCCAUUCCAGAAAGAUGAAUGUCAGGUGAACAAGGACAUGAGCAAGGCAUUGAGACCUGAAGG